GUUGACAGUCUUGUUCCUCUUUACUUCUUCUCCAUGUGGACUGUAGAGGGAAGAACAGACAGAACUCAACACUCUACAUUCACACAAACUUGCGACUGACCACGUAGAGUUCUUCUGCUUUCGUUAAACUGUGUAGGAAUGACUGAAGUUCUGAAGAUGGAGGAAGAGGAGGAUGGAGCAGAGUCUACAGUAUCCAGAUGUCUGUCUAUGAAGAGUGACGAGUCCAAAGGUGAACCUCCAGUCUUCAGUGAAGAACCUGGACCCUCAGGCACAAAAGGUCAGUACCUCUGUAGAUCUGUAGACCACUGUAGACUCUGUAGACCAGCGUCUACAGUAUCCGGAUGUCUGUCUAUGAAGAGUGACGGGUCCAGAAGACAACCUCCAGACUUCAGUGAAGAACCUGGACCCUCAGACACAAAAGAGCGGAAGAGGAGUCCUGUUUCUGUGGAGGAGCAGCUGUCCUGCUGUGCUUUGUGUCAGGAUCCAGUCUCUAAAAGCUGUGGACACUGGUUCUGCAGACAGUGUAUCACCUCGUACUGGGACCAGUCUGCUUCAUCAGGACACUCCUCCUGUCCCCAGUGUGGACAAAGAUCCACAACAAGACCUGGACUGCAGACAGCCAGUCAGAGCAGCACUGGACAAAUUGUUGUUCUUCAGGAGGUUUUAGAUGAACAUAAGAUCAGUCUGAGGCGGAGAUGUGAACAUGUGACUGAAGGAACUGAUGUAACAGGAAGAGGAACCCUCCUCAACAGGAUCUACACUGAGCUCUACAUCACAGAGGGGCAGAGUGAAGAGGUUAAUAAACAACAUGAGGUGAAGCAGCUUGAGAAAGUUUCCAAGAUGAAGGCUCUCCAUGACACUCCAAUCAGGUGCCACGACAUCUUUAAAGCCUUACCUGAACAACAGAGACACAUCAGAGUGGCUCUGACCUAUGGCGUCGCUGGUGUUGGAAAAACCUUCUCAGUGCAGAAGUUCACUCUGGACUGGGCAGAGAGUUUGGAAAACCAAGAUGUCAGUGUGGUGAUUGUGCUUUCGUUCAGGGAGCUGAACUUGAUCAAAGAUGAGCAGUACAGUCUUCUCAGGCUGCUCCAUGUUUUCCAUCCAACAUUACAGAAGGUCACAGCAGAGCAGCUGGCUGCCUGGAAACUUUUGUUCAUCUUUGACGGCCUGGAUGAAAGCAGACUUUCAUUGGACUUCAACAACAGUGAGGUUGUGUCUGAUGUCACACAAAAGGCAUCAGUCAACGUGCUGCUGACAAACCUCAUCAAGGGGAACCUGCUUCCCUCGGCUCUGGUCUGGAUCACUUCCAGACCUGCAGCAGCCAAUCAGAUCCCUCCUACAUGUGUUGACAGGGUAACAGAAGUACGAGGCUUCACUGACGCCCAGAAGGAGGAGUACUUCAGGAGGAGAUUCAGUGAUGAAGAGCUGUCCAGCAGAAUCAUCUCCCACAUCAAGACCUCCAGGAGCCUCCACAUCCUGUGUGGAGUCCCAGUCUUCUGCUGGAUCACUGCUACAGUUCUGGAGCACAUGUUGACUACAGAGCAGAGAGGAGAACUGCCCAAGACCCUGACUGACAUGUACUCACACUUUGUGAUGGUUCAGACAAAAAGGAAGAAGAACAAGUACCAUGACGGACAUGAGACGAGUCCACAGGAGCUGAUGGAGGCUGACAGGGAAGUUCUUCUGAAGCUGGGGAGGCUGGCGUUUGAACAUCUGGAGGAAGGAAACAUCAUGUUCUACCAAGAAGACCUGGAGCGCUGUGGUCUGGAUGUGACAGAGGCCUCAGUGUACUCAGGAGUUUGUACAGAGAUCUUCAAAAGAGAGAGUGUGAUCUUCCAGAAAUCAGUCUAUUGCUUUGUUCAUCUGAGCGUUCAGGAGUUUCUGUCUGCAGUCUACAUGUUCCACUGUUACACCAGCAAGAAGACAGAGGUUCUUAUGGACUUUCUGGGGACAGACCACCAGGUCUCUGCUAAGUCUCUGGAUGGCUUCCUGUAUGGAACCAUGAAGAAAUCACUGCUCAGUAAAAAUGGUCACCUGGACCUGUUUGUUCGCUUCCUUCAUGGCCUCUCUCUGGAGUCCAACCAGAGGCUCUUAGGGGGUCUGCUGGGACAGACAGAGAACAGUCCAGAAAUCAUUCAGAGAAUCAUCAACAAGCUGAAGGAGAUGAACACUGAUGAAAUCUCUCCUGACAGAAGCAUCAACAUUUUCCACUGUCUGAUGGAGAUGAACGACCUCUCAGUUCAUCAGGAGAUCCAAGAGUUCCUGAAGUCAGAGAACAGAUCAGAGAAGGAACUCUCUGAGAUCCACUGCUCAGCUCUGGCCUACAUGAUGCAGAUGUCAGAGGAGGUUCUGGAUGAGUUUGACCUGACGAAGUACAACACAUCAAAUGAGGGACGACGAAGACUGAUCCCAGCUGUGAGGAACUGCAGAAAGGCUCGACUUACUCAUUGUGGACUCUCAGAGACUCACUGUGAUGUUGUGGCCCCAGCUCUGAAGUCCAACCCUUCCUAUCUGACAGAACUGGAACUGAAGGAUUCAAGAGUGAAGCAUCUGUCUGCUGGACUGGAGAGUCCAAACUGUAAACUGGAGACUCUGAGGUUGAUUAACUGCAGUUUGUCAGAGAUCAGCCGUGAUUCUCUGGGACCAGCUCUGAAGUCCAACCCCUCCCAUCUGAAACAUCUGGAACUGACUGACAACAACCUGGAGGAUUCAGGAGUGAAGCAGCUGUGUGGUUUUCUGGAGAGUCCACACUGUAGACUGGAGACUCUGAGAUUGAGGAGCUGCAGUUUGUCAGAGAUCAGCUGUGAUUCCUUGGGACCAGCUCUGAAGUCCAACCCCUCCCAUCUGAAACAUCUGGACCUGAGUAGAAACAGUCUGAAGGAUUCAGGAGUGAAGCAGCUGUGUGGUUUUCUGGAGAGUCCAGACUGUAGACUGGAGACUCUGGAAUUGAGUGACUGCUGUUUGUCAGAGAUCAGCUGUGAUUCUCUGGUCUCAGCUCUGAAGUCCAACCCCUCCCAUCUGAAACAUCUGGACCUGAGUAACAACAACCUGAAGGAUUCAGGAGUGAAGCAGCUUCUUGAUCUUGUGAAGAGUCCAGACUAUAAACUGGAGACUCUGAUGGAGGUGAUGAUGUUUGUGAAGAGGACGGUGUGUGAGCUGAGAGAGGAUGAGCUGUGUCCUGAUGAUCCAGAGGUUGAAGCAGCAGCAGCUUGUGUGUAGAGAGACUCUGACUGAAAUGCUGCAGAAUAAACCACAUAUCCUGACACUGUUGGAGCUUCUGUUCAGUUCCAGUGGAUGUGUGUAUAUGCUGGAUGCUGGAAUAGAAUAAUUUAUAUUUAUGUGUGAUAUGAUAUGGUCUAUUCAUGACGGUAAAGAUAAAACAAAGAUAAUUGAGUUUUCUCACCUUAAAUUUUAACUAGCGUCUGUUAACAACCUGAUACUCACCUGUGAUUAGAGGAUGUAGUUCAGAUGAACCUAGGUGGUAGUUUCUUUUCCUGCUCAGUGGUUCUCUAAAGACACAUUAAUGACCACAAAGCUGAAAACUGUUCAGGAUCUGCUGUACGGGUAAUAUUCAAUAUUUAUAUUCAUAUUUUUUAAUUAUUUGUUUUAAAUGCCACUUCGCUUUUUCAGUCAGCCUCCGUUAUUAAAAAAUAUAAAGAUAAAUUAAUCCAUAUAUGAGAGGUUUUCAUAAAGUGUGAUUAGUCUGAUUUAUUGCUUGGAUAGAGAACUUUGGAAACAACAAAUUAAACAUCCUAAUGAUUUCCA